UACUCGACAUAAGAUCGUUUUUAGAUUUAGAAUUUAGCAAUAAAUAUGCAUAAACAACUGUACGAACAUUUAUUUAUGUUGCUGAUUGUGCUUGGAUUGUUAUUUGAAUGUAAAAGCGGGCAAUUACCUCCGGACAUACAAAAAUGUAAGGUCAACGAUAAUGUUUGUGUGGCGAAUAAAAUAAGGGAAUUAUUUCAAAAAUUCCCCAACGGUAAUCCUCAGUUUGGUAUGCCAAACGUAUCUGCCAUAAAUCUGACCAAUGUAACUGUGUCACGUGCCAAAAGCGAUUCGCCCAUACAGCUAAAUUUCAAGUUUUUGAAAUUAACAUGUUACGGCUUGGAAAACUCGAUUAUUGUCAAUACUACAGGAUGGUCGAAGGAACCCAAAAUAAUUGAUGGAGAGAUUUAUGUGCCACUUAUGAAGAUCGUGGGCGAUUAUGAGACAAAUGGUAAAAUUUUACUCUUAUCUCUGGAUGGCAAAGGCAAGGGAACUUUUGAGAUGACCGACUGCAUCUUCCAUAUGAAGGGACGCUUGAGUUUUGAAAAGAGAAAAGAUGGUAAAAAUUAUGCCAAGUUGGAGAAACUAAAAGUGGAUAUGAAGCCUAAAAAGUUCUUUGUAAACAUGGAAAAUUUGGUAAGAGGCAGUCAGGUGCUUACAGAUACCUUGAACAAAGUUCUUAAUGACAACUGGAGAGAUGUCUGGAAUGAAAUGAGUGAUGGCAUAAACACUGCCCUAGCCAGCGUGUACACCAAUAUUACAUCUGGAGUGCUUAAUGAACUUUCUUAUGAUGACUUUUAUCUCAAGUCUAUAGUAACAGUUGGUAGAGUUACGAUGUCCAAGGCAUUGCUGGCAGUCUCUUUGAAAAUCUUGGUGAACAUCAUCAUGCAACAAUUGGUGAUUGUGCAAAGCAUUAUUGUGGAGAGAAAUUUGCAUUCGUAUUAUCGUUUGCCCAUAGCUGCAGUGCGUCGUAGUAAUACUUCGGAGGAAUACUUUGUACUUCAGUGUCCCUUCAAGUCUUCACUGAAUAUACCCAAGCCAGAGGAUAUGGAAAUCUGUGAAAUAAUAGGCAAAUACCAGAAUCACAGAGAGCAAGAGCAAACACCUGCCCGAAAAACUUUGUCAGAAGAGAAGUACGGUUCUAGGGUCAAAGCCGAGCAUCGUCUACUAAAGCCUCCAAAGGAAGUAAAAUGGAUUAAGAUUAAAAAAAGAAAUCCUCAAAAAGUGUAUCUAAAACCCUAUAAAAGAAAAGAUUAUUAUAAGAGGCCAAAGACUGAGAUUAAAGAACAAUAUAAAGCCACCAAUGUGCGAGUGUUUCUGAACAGCCCUAAAUCCUUGGCACCCGAAAAAUUCAACUUAAACAGGGAGUUAGAAGAUUCGCUGCCCUUUAGUUCAUCCUUAAAACCUAAAAUAGUAAAACAACCCGAACAACACUUGGAACAUAAUGAUUCCAAGGAAAAAUCUAAUGAUUCCGAAACAAAAUCAGAACACCAUCAACAAGUGAGCAACAGCCCUUUAAAGUAUCUGGGCACUAAAGAUGCACUAAAUAAACUGCAAAAGCAACGCCACAGUCAAACAUUCAGUGGGGCACCCGAAAAAAGUGAAAAGUUUUUUGUGGAAUCCAAUAAAUAUAAAAAAGGCUUCAAGACAAAAGGCUAUCAAAAUAUGUACCAUCGUGAUGAAAUCUAUCAGGAUCAUAUAUUCUAUGAUGAUUUGGAGCAAAAAGGAAAAUAUGAUGUUUAUAAGAAAUCAAAGAUACUAUUUUAA